AUGAGGUUAGAAGAGCUUCUAGAGACCUCUUGCAGGGUCUUUCAACCUGAAUGCCCGCUGGUUGUGUCAGGAAAGGUGGUGCUCUCCCACUGGCUGCUGAUAGAUAAAUGGGGAUGCUCAGGACAGGGGAUGCAGCGCCUGGCAUGGGAUGGAAAUAGGAGGAUUGAAAUCUUACCUGGGGAGAGAGAUGAAAUUCACAUCAGCCUCAGCUCUGAGUGCUAUGCUUACCUCCCCAGCCUCUUAUACCCACAGUGUGCUGAGUGUUUAGAUUGGCGGGGGUCUGAGGAGAAGAGCUCCAAUGAAACAGCAAACAUUGCAGGAAAACGGUCAUCAAGACAUUUAUCAAUAUCAGAUAUAAGGAGCCAGGAAGGAGAGGACCGGAAAACAUGGGGGCUUGUGAGAGUCAGGGCUCUGGAGGCAGCAAAAUCCAGCUACCUUACUUUUUCUCCCCCCAGAGGGACCACGAGCAGUGUGGAGUUCUCACUGUUCUGAUCCCUGGACCCCAACCCAGGUCUCGGUGAUGGUGAAGUGGAGCUAGACUGCUGGUUUGAUGAGGAGUUCAAGUUCAUCCUGAUACCUGUGAGCUGUGCAAUUGUCUUUGUGCUGGGCCUGGGCAUCAACACCCCGGCCCUCUGGCUCUUCCUCCUCUGCCUCCAAUCCUGGGAUGCAACAGCCACAUCCAUGUUCCACUUGGCUUUGUCUGACACCUUGUGUGUGCUGCCGCAGCCCGCCCUCAUUCACUACUAUGCAGCCUGCAACCAUUGGCCCUUUGGCACCGGCUUCUGCAAGUUCAUGCGCUUCCCCUUCUACUGGAACCUCUACUGCAGCAUUCUUUUCCUCACCUGCAUCAGUGUGCAUUGCUACCUGGACAUCUGCCACCCACUGUGGGUACUACACUGGGACCACCUUUGCCUGGCAGGCCUUCUCUGCCCGGCAGUUUGGUUGGUCAUGGCUGGUUGCCUUGUGCCCAACCUCUUCUUUGUCACAACCAGCACCAGUGGAGCCAGCAUUCUGUGCCAUGACACCACUUGGCUGGAGGAGUACGGCUACUACGUACACUUCAGCUCGGUAGUCAUGGGGGUGCUCUUCGGCUUGCCUUGCCUGGUCACUCAUGCUUGCUACAGGCUCAUGGCCCGGCACCUGUAUCGGUCCUUGCCUGGGGCUGCCAAUUCAGCUUCUCAGCUCUGUUCUCUAUGCACCAUCGCAGUGGUACUGACCGUCUACUGCUUCGUGCCUUUCCACAUCACCUGCACCAUUUAUUACCUGGCAAGAUUGGCAGAGGCUGAUUGUUGGGUGCUGAACAUUGUCAAUGUGGUCUAAAAAGUGACUCAGCCCCUGGCCAGUGCCAAAAGCUGCCUGGACCCUGUGCUCUACCUGCUCACUGGGAACAAAUACCACUGUCGCUUCCGGCAGCUCUGCAGCACUGGCGGACCCCAGUCACCCCCAACGACUGCUUCUUUCCUGGCGCUGGUGUCCCUACUUGAGGAGAGCACCUGCAGGUGGCCAGCCACUUCCCAGGAUGGCUGCUGCCUUGCCCCUGGGGAUGGCAGAUCAUAA